AUGGUUGGCACGAUAGAACUGGGUGAAGUCACACAGCACAACGUUCGCGUAUUACGGCUGAUAAAUCAGCAAGUGUUUCCCGUUUCCUACAAUCAUAGGGGUCUCUUCCCUGGAAUGGGCGGAGGGGAGCCCAUGGAUAUGUCCGAGGACCAGCGCUUCCAAUCUCUCCAGCAACGCUUCCAGAAUCAUCUGUCACGACCUAUGAUGACGCAGGAGGAGCAAAACCCUCAAAAUCAGCAUUCUGACGAUGACGAAAAUGUUCAAAUCGACACCAACUCGCCAUACAUCAAAGAAGAGCCCGAGUACGUCGGCGAGAUCCCCAAUGAUGCCAACGACUUCUCGAUGGAUAUCUACUCUGAGGGCGCAUUUCACUCGAAGCAUGUUUGCAAAGUUUGCGGAGACAGAGCCUCUGGAAAACACUACGGCUUAUACAGCUGCGAAGGUUGCAAAGGCUUUUUCAAACGCACGGUCAGAAAAGAGCUCUCAUACUCCUGUAGAGAUAACAAACACUGCGUCAUCGACAAGCGACAGAGAAAUAGAUGCCAGUUUUGUCGAUAUCAAAAGUGUCUGACGAUGGGAAUGAAGCGCGAAGCAGUCCAGGGCGAAAUUUCGAAGGACGCCGGCAAAAUGAUGAUGGACUACGAGAACGGAGGGGAGUCGUCUAUGAUGUCCCGAAAUAUUUCAUCUGAAAACGGCGGGCACCCAUUUGAUGAAAUGCCUAUAGAACAGAUCAGAGACGCGGAAAACGAAUUGGACAGGUUAUACCAACAGAAUCAAGGAGUCAACUACGUCACUGAAUAUCUUCGUGCGCUUAUUGAGUGGACAAAGAUGAUUCCGCAGUUUGAGACGUUAAAAACAGACGAUAGAGUUUAUCUAGUGCAGAGUGCCUGGAAUGAAAUCACAAUCGCGGACAUCGCGCAUCGCUCGAUGGAAUUCGAGGAUAAACUGCUCAUUGGAAAGAAUGAAAUCCUCACGCGAGGACAAGCCACAUCGACAAAUGUUGACAUCAUUUUCGGACGCGUUAUUACGGAAUUGGUUUAUAAAAUGAAAGAAAUGAAGCUGGAUCGAACAGAACUUGGUUGCUUGAAGGCGAUCAUUUUGUACAAUCCCGACGUCAAGCAGUUACAAGACCCGCUCCUUGUCGAAGAUUUGCGAGAAAAAGUUUACGCCACGCUAGAGGCUUACUCUAAACAGAAAUACCCGGAGCAACCCGGCCGCUUUGCGAAACUUCUCCUCCGUCUUCCAGCUCUACGAUCGAUUGGGCUAAAAUGCCUUGAAAGCAUGUUCCUGUUCAAGACAGUCGGCGACACGCCUCAAAUCGAGCUGGUCAGAGAUUGUUUCUGA